UCUCUCAUCAUAUACAUAAAAUAUAUAUAAUUAUCAAGAUUAUAUAGCUGACAAUAAAGAGAAACCAACACCAAACCUCACAACAAAAACAACACACAGAAAACAUGGGCAGAGCUCCUUGCUGUGACAAAGCCAACGUCAAGAAAGGGCCAUGGUCGCCGGAGGAAGAUGCCAAACUCAAGUCUUACAUCGACGAACACGGCACCGGCGGCAACUGGAUUGCCUUGCCCCAGAAGAUAGGCCUCAAGAGAUGUGGCAAAAGUUGUCGGCUUCGAUGGCUGAAUUAUCUACGGCCAAACAUCAAGCAUGGAGGGUUUUCAGAGGAAGAAGACAACAUAAUUUGUAGCCUCUUUUUAAGUAUCGGAAGCCGGUGGUCGAUUAUUGCUGCGCAAUUGCCGGGACGAACUGAUAAUGAUAUCAAGAACUAUUGGAACACGAAACUGAAGAAAAAGCUAAUGGGCAAGCAACGCAAAGAACAACAGGCUCGCUCCAGCAGCCUCCAGCAAGAGAUGAAGAGAGAGAUCAGUUGUAGUGAGGCUUUCAUGGUUUCUUCAGAGGUCAUCAACUCAGUUCCUUACUGGCCAGAGCUACCUGUAAACAUGCUGGCAAUGAAUAAUCCGAGCAGUGAGGACUAUUUCAAGGACCAAACAUCCAUAAGGAAACUGUUGGUUAGUAUAGGAGGAAGAUUUCAUGAUGAUGAUCAUCAUGAACCAAACAACAACAGCACAAAUUUUCAAUACCCUUUUGAUAAUUCCAUCAAUACUUUUGCAUCUACAGCCUCCAUCAAUUCCAUGAACAGUUCUUGUUCUCAACAGCCCAACAUGUUUGAAGGAUUCAACAACAACUACCCAAUUGAGCUAGCUAGUAAUGAAUUGGUCUAUAAUUCACCACAGCAAUUAGAUGUGUUGGAGAGUUUUUCUGGUGUGGACAUGGUCAAUGGCAGUGGCAGUGGCAUUAUUAGUUCUGCAGAGAGUACUAAGUGGGGGGAAAUGAUCAGUUCUCUGGUGUAUCCUCCUAUGGUGGCGUCCAAUUAUGAAGCUUUCCAAAAAAGGGUGAUACAAGAUUGCAGUUUCCAAGAGUCGAGGUACUUUGGGUUACAAUAACAAUCCUGCUGCAAAUGUUGUGUGUUGGUGUUAGUGUUUCAGCAGAUAGUAUUGAACUUACUCAGAGAUUUGUUUGUUUUGCACUAUCACUUUCGUUCUGACAAGUAAGAGAUUUCUGAUAUUUGCUUGAUUUACUUGUAGUUUACUUAUUAUACUAGGAUCUUUUUAAUGCAAUUUCUAGACUUAACAUUUCUGUGGUUCA